AAAAAAUCUUGCGGGAUUUGGGCAAGAUUUCUGUUGAUUAUUUAUUUUAAAUUAACUUAAUAUUAGCAAAUCUACAGUUAAAUAUCUAAAAUGGAUGAUCAAGGAAGGAAAGUCAUCGUUUGCGACAAUGGUACAGGGUUUGUGAAAUGUGGUUACGCUGGCAGCAAUUUUCCCGCAUUCAUAUUUCCUUCUAUGGUGGGCAGGCCCAUUAUCAGAGCAGAGAAUAAAAUAGGAGAUAUUGAUGUUAAGACGUUUCAUCCCGAGAUUGUUCAGGACUUGAUGGUAGGAGAUGAGGCAUCUCAACUCAGGUCAAUGCUCGAAGUCAGCUAUCCUAUGGAGAAUGGAGUAGUUCGCAACUGGGACGACAUGUGUCACGUAUGGGACUACACGUUUGGGCCCAGCAAGAUGAACAUAGAUCCACACGAAACCAAGAUUCUGCUCACAGAACCACCAAUGAACCCAACGAAGAACAGGGAGAAGAUGAUUGAGGUGAUGUUUGAAAAGUACGGUUUUGACAGCGCGUACAUUGCCAUACAAGCGGUGCUCACGUUGUACGCGCAGGGUCUUAUAUCGGGAGUGGUCGUUGAUUCAGGUGAUGGUGUGACUCACAUAUGCCCGGUUUAUGAAGAAUUCGCUUUGCCUCAUUUGACUCGACGGCUCGAUAUUGCUGGCAGAGACAUCACUAGGUACCUCAUUAAGUUGCUUUUACUACGGGGAUAUGCUUUCAACCAUUCCGCUGACUUCGAAACGGUGCGAAUGAUGAAGGAAAAGCUCUGCUACAUCGGAUACAACAUUGAACAGGAACAGAAACUGGCGUGGGAGACGACGGUGCUCGUUGAACCUUAUGUUUUACCAGACGGCAGGGUCAUUAAAGUGGGCGGGGAGAGAUUCGAAGCGCCCGAGGCAUUAUUCCAGCCUCAUCUCAUCAACGUGGAAGGCCAAGGGAUAGCUGAACUGGUCUUUAAUACCAUACAGGCGGCCGACAUUGACAUGAGAAAUGAACUCUACAAACACAUAGUUCUAUCCGGCGGUUCCACAAUGUAUCCAGGAUUGCCAUCGAGGCUCGAACGGGAGAUAACCCAGCUGUAUCUGGAGAGAGUUCUGCGCAACGACUGCGAUAAACUGGCGAAAUUCAAGAUCCGCAUAGAGGACCCUCCUCGCCGCAAAGACAUGGUUUUCAUAGGGGGCGCUGUGUUAGCGGAAGUAUGCAAGAACAGAGACAACUUCUGGCUGUCCCGCAAUGAAUAUCAGGAGCAAGGCCUUGCCUGUUUGAGGAAACUAGGACCUCGCGCUAGUUAAUGUAAAAUUGGAAAAAACGCCCGUCUGAUUGAUUUAUUUUUACUUAUUUAGUAAAACCUUCAUUCAAGUCUUUAACAUAGCAGAAAAUUAUGACAUAGGUAACAGAAUAGAUUUAAC